CUGCCCAUAGGUAGCCUUUCCAUACAGGAUCAGAUAAAUCUGGGCUCCUGAAAGCUGCGUGUUUGAUCAGCCCUCCCAGCUCGGUUGGGGAAGCCUGCUUUGCUGCUCACAUAUCAUUUAAUUCAAAGGAUGAAGAAUGAUUCAAGUUUUGACAGUGGAGGAGGCAACUGGGACUAUGAUGACAUUCCAGAAUGUACUGAGUACCUGUGUUCAUUUUUUCCCAUCACUACUCUCAUCCCAGUAACCAUUGUGCUGCUCAUUGUAAUGGUUGUCGGUGUUAUAGGGAACACAAUCACCAUCCUCAUCAUCAGGAGAUACAAAGAAAUGAGGACAACCACCAACUUUUAUUUGUCCAGCAUGGCUAUGUCUGACCUGAUCAUCCUGCUCAGCUUACCCUUUGAUCUGUACCGACUCUGGAAGUCCAUGCCGUGGAUAUUUGGAGGGUUUUUGUGCAGAUUUCUACAUUUUAUCAGUGAGGGCUGCACAUAUUCUACCAUCCUGCACAUCACAGCCUUGAGCAUAGAAAGGUAUUUAGCUAUCUGUUUCCCUCUGAAAUCCAAAGUCCUCAUCACCAAGACGAGGGUGAAGUGUGUCAUCGUGUUUCUGUGGGUUUUUGCCCUAUUAUCAGCAGGACCCUUUUAUUUUGUGGUUGGGAUUGCUCAGAUGUACAAUAUUACCAAUGACUCGGACACCGGCUGGGAGUGUAGGUAUACUUUCUAUGCAGUCCAUUCAGGGCUUCUCAAUGUCAUGAUGUGGGUGACCACCACCUAUUUCUUCAUCCCCAUGUUUUGCUUGAUCAUCCUUUAUGGCUUCAUAGGCAAAAAGUUAUGGAAAAGCCAAAAUAGCAUAAGAGGCCGUAACACAGCACAGAGAGACAAAUCCCACAGACAAACCAUGAGGAUCCUUGCGGUGGUGGUCCUGGCUUUUAUAAUCUGCUGGCUCCCGUUCCACAUUGGAAGAAUCGUAUUUGCAAACACGGAAGGCUAUGAGAUGAUGAAAUUUUCCCAGUAUUUUAAUGUAGUUGCCAUUCAGUUGUUUUAUCUCAGUGCCUCCAUCAACCCUAUAUUGUAUAAUCUAAUUUCUAAGAAAUACAGGAGUGCUGCCUACAAACUGCUCAGACCCAGCACGGCUAAAAAGAAGACAUAUAAUACAAUUAAAAAUGACACUGGAGAUAAAACAGAAAGCAGUGCUUGUGUCCAUAAUGAAUUUGUUACUCACAUAUGAGAUAGCAGUCAUUUAAGGGUAUAUUUAUCAAAGAG